UUCUGAAGCCAUUGAAUUGUCAAAAACUUGGAUUCUGCAUUAAUUCUCUAUUGGAAGUUACUCAGAAAACAAAAGCAAAGUUGAGACAGUAAUAAAAUUAGCAGUGACCUCACAUGGAAUACAAUGAGUGACAUAACAAUAUUGAACAUUCAUGACUUUUCAAAUUGAAAUCAUUUUCUUUGCUAUAAGAUAAUGAUACUUUUUCUUUUGAGAUAUCAAAGUUCAAGAAUCUAUUCUACCACUGGUUUAAAGGAAAGAAACUGUUGAGGGUUUUGAUUGGAAAAGAAAAAAAAAUGUUACUGCAGAAGAUUUUCUGGGUGUUUAUCACAGGACUUGCUGCUGCUAAUUUGUACACUGUGGUGGAGGGUAUACCACAUAGGAUUCUUUUAGAUACAGAUGUCGAUACCGAUGAUUUCUUUGCUCUUUUGUAUAUUUUGAAGCUUAACAGGUCAGAGUUUGAGUUGGAGGCAAUCACAAUCAAUGCAAAUGCAUGGACUGAUGCAGGGCAUGCUGUGAAUCAAAUUUAUGACAUUCUUUACAUGAUGGGGCGCGACGAUAUUCCUGUUGGAGUGGGAGGUGAAGGUGGAAUACUAGAAGAUGGUACUAUACUCCCGAAUGUUGGUGGAUAUCUUCCUAUAAUUGAGCAGGGAAAUUCAACAGCAGGAGGCUGUAGAUACAGACAAGCUAUUCCCAUAGGACCUGGAGGAAGAUUAGAUAUUGAUUCCAACUAUGGCAUAAGGAAAGCUUUCCUGCCUCAGGGCCGCAGGAAAUAUUCUCCUCUUCGACAACCAACUGCACAGCAAGUGCUUGAAGACAAAAUAUCUGCAGGUCCUAUUACUGUCUUCAUAAUAGGAGCUCAUACAAAUUUUGGCAUUUUUCUUAUGAAAAAUCCACACCUAAAGAAUAAUGUUGAGCACAUUUAUGUAAUGGGAGGUGGCGUGAGGUCACGUAACCCCACAGGUUGCUGUCCACAGAAUGCAAGUUCUUCUUGCCAGCCAAGACAGUGCGGUGACCGUGGCAAUCUGUUCACAGACUAUAAUAGUAAUCCUUAUGCUGAGUUCAAUAUAUUUGGAGAUCCUUUCGCUGCAUAUCAGGUGAUACAUUCUGGAAUACCCGUCACCCUGGUGCCCAUUGAUGCGACAAAUACAAUUCCUAUAAAUGAAGAUUUCUUUAAGACAUUUGAGAAGAGUCAAAAUACAUAUGAAGCACAAUACUGCUUCCAAUCUCUGAAAAUGGCUCGUGAUACCUGGUUUGAUGACCAAUUCUAUACGAGUUAUUUCAUGUGGGAUUCAUUUACAUCCGGAGUAGCAGUUUCUAGCAUUCGCAAUUCGCAUAACCAAAAUGGAGAAAAUGAAUUUGCAGAAAUGGAAUACAUGAACAUUACAGUAGUUACUUCAAAUGAACCUUAUGGUCUAUAUGAUGGUUCAAAUCCAUUUUUUGAUGGCCGAAAAGUUCCAAAAUUUAAUCUGAAGAAAGGUGGAGUGCAUAGCGGACAUGUCCAAACACGCCUUAGAGAUCCAUUCUGCAUCAUGCAGAAUGGGAAGGGAAGAUGCCAGGAUGGCUAUACAAAAGAGGUAGCAGGUUCACAAGGGAUACGAGUUCUAGUUGCUACAAGAGCAAAAACUAAUCCAAACAAAAGUAGUGAACUUGACAGAGCAUAUUUCAAGAGUUUCUUGGAUGUUCUAAAUCACCCUCAACAAACUGGGAGGUUCAAUUUCACCACACAAUUUCCUUAUUACAAAGAAGUCCUUUACAAACCACACUUUGGAAAGAAAAGACUAGGUAAACCUGUUGUCUUUGACAUGGAUAUGAGUGCUGGAGACUUUCUGUCUCUCUUUUACCUCCUUAAAUUACCUGUAGAAGUGAUCAAUCUCAAGGCUAUCAUUGUAAGUCCAACUGGCUGGGCAAAUGCUGCAACUAUAGAUGUGGUUUAUGAUUUGCUGCAUAUGAUGGGCCGCGACGACAUUCCUGUUGGUCUAGGAGAUGUAUUUGCAUUGAACCAAUCUGAUCCUAUUUUCUCUGCUGUUGGAGACUGCAAGUAUGUUAAGGUCAUUCCACAUGGGAGUGGUGGUUUUUUGGAUUCAGACACUCUCUAUGGCCUUGCCCGCAAUCUGCCUAGAAGCCCCAGGAGGUAUACUGCAGAAAACUCAGUAAAAUUUGGAGCUCCUCGCAACACGGAUCAUCCUGAACUAAGACAGCCUCUAGCACUUGAAAUAUGGGAUUCCACAGUGAAAACAUUGGAACCAGGAUCUAAGAUCACCAUAUUGACCAAUGGGCCAUUGACUAAUUUAGCAAAGAUUAUUCUAUCAAACAAUAAUGCAAGUUCUGUGAUUCAGGAAGUGUAUGUUGUAGGAGGACACAUUAGGAAUAGUAAUUUGGACAAAGGAAAUGUCUUGACAGUACAUUCUAAUGAAUAUGCAGAAAUGAACAUGUAUCUUGACCCUUUGGCUGCAAAGACAGUAUUUGAGUCAUCUAUUGACAUUACUCUCAUCCCACUCAACGCGCAACGCAAAGUAAGUUCAUUCUCCAGGAUGCUGAAAAGCCUACGUAAAGCAAACAGAACACGAGAGGCAUUGUUUGCCCGCCGCUUGCUGUCAAGGCUUUACCGCCUGCAACAAGUUCAUCACAGAUACCGUCACAUGGAUACAUUCUUGGGAGAAAUCCUUGGUGCACUAGUCUUGCCUGGUGAUUCGACGUCCUUGAACCGAUUCUUGCAAAUCAAGCCCAUUAAAGUUCUUGCUCAAGGUGUUGAAUCCAAAGAUGGACAAAUUGUGGUUGAUGAAAAACAAGGAAAACUGGUCAAAGUACUACAAUCUGUAGAUCCUGCAGCAUAUUAUGAUCUUUUUGCAAGUCAACUGGGAACUAAGAAGCAAUCUGCUGUUAUAGGAAGUUUUAAUGAGCAGAGAAUGAUUUGGAGCAAAAAACCAAAUUCUGAAAAUUAAACUGAACAGUAUACUUCUUAGUGCUCUGGACUAUAAUAUUCUUUGACAACAGGAUAUUAUUUCUUCUCUUUGUAAGAGUAUAGAAGUUUCUUUUGUAUGCUGAUACACUUAUCUUAGAAACUUUCAAUAGAUUGAUUGAUAUUUCAUGUAGAAAAGUAUCGCUUUGUGUUGUAUUUUGUUCAAUGAAAGAAAAAAUAUUAACUUAGAAAACAUGAAAAAAGUACAAUUAG